AUGCGAGCUUUCUACGCAACCGCGCUGCUGCUGCAGACCGCGCUUGCAGUCACCAUCAACGAGAUCACGGGCGAUCGGUACAUUUCCCCCUAUGCAGGAUCCCAGAUCACUGGUCUCAAGGGACUGGUAACUGCAAAAGGCUCCUCAGGGUUCUAUCUGCGCUCCACCAGCGCCGAUUCCGACGACCGCACCUCCAACUCGGUCUAUGUUUACGGUAGCAGCGCGACCGAACGCGUUGCCGUGGGCGAUAUCAUCACUCUGAGCGGUAAGGUCACAGAGUACCGGUCCUCGUCAAAGUAUGUCUACUCGACAGAGAUCGAGUCCGCAACCGAUAUCGAGGUGAUUUCAAGCGACAACACGGUGACCCCAAUCGUGAUUGGCAAGGGCGGUCUGAGCCCUCCCACCGAGCAAUUCACCUCGCUGGACAACGGCGAUGUGUUCAGUCUGCCGGGCAACAGCAACCAGCUCUCGAAUGCCAACCCCGUCUUGGAUCCGACCGCAUACGGCAUGGACUUCUGGCAGAGUCUCAGCGGAGAGUUGGCCACCUUGUCGGGCCUGACCGCGAUCAGCAAGGCCAACUCCUACGGCGACACCUGGGUUAUCGGUGACUGGACGGUGACUGGGAAGAAUGAGCGCGGAGGGCUGACGAUGACUGCCAAAGAUUCCAACCCCGAAGCCAUCCUGAUCGGUUCGCCGCUGGACGGAAGCGACAACCCGACCGACGUUAAGUUGGGGGAUACACUAGAAGACAUCACGGGCAUCAUCACUCAGGCUUACGGCUUUUAUUCUCUGCUGCCGUUGACUGCUCUGACUGUGUCAGAGCCGAGCGCGACCGAGGUAUCUAAGACUUCGUUGGUGUCCGACGGAACUUGCAAGGCUAUCACCGUUAGCGACUACAAUGUUGAUAACCUAAGUCCGGAUUCAUCGACGCUCACUGGAAUCGCUAAGCAUAUUGCAACUUACCUUCAGAGCCCAACAAUUGUUUUCCUCCAGGAAAUCCAAGACAAUGAUGGGUCAACCGAUGACGGCGUGGUAUCGGCGAACCUCACACUCUCGACGCUCGCCAGCUCGAUCGCAGAGCAAGGCGGAGUUCAGUACGAGUUCAUUGACAUCGAUCCGACCGACGACACCAACGGCGGCGAGCAUGGUGGUAACAUCCGCUGCGCCUACCUGUACAACCCGGAUGUUGUGCAUCGCAAACCACUGGUGGCUCAAUGGGAGACCGUAGAUGGGAAGAAUAGCUUCUACACCAUCAACGUACACAUGACCUCCAAGUACGGCAGCUCCUCUCUCGAGGGGGACCUUCGACCGCCUGUUAAUGGUUGGGUGGCUACGCGAACCUCGCAGGCUAAGGUGGUUGCGGCUUUCGUGACAUCUAUUUUCGCGGAGGUAGCCGACGCUAGAGUUAUUGCGGCGGGAGAUUGGAAUGAAUACUCUUUUGUGCAGCCGUUGGAAGUAUUUGCGUCAGAGUCGGGUCUGCAGGAGAUUGACGAAGCGGCCGGCGUCGCGGCGACAGAGCGUUACACCUAUUUGUAUAACCAGAACUGCGAGCAGCUGGAUCAUAUGUUCAUCAGCUCGGCACUGGCGACGGACGCGAAGGUGGAACAUGUCCAUGUGAACACUUGGGUGUCGACCGCGGACCAGAGAUCCGACCAUGACCCGACGGUUGCGCUGCUCAAUGUUUGUGAAUGA